CAGGUAGACAAGAUUUAUUCAAAGAUUGAAGAUCCUCCUUUCUGCAUCUCCUCCUUGAUCGCAUCACGCAUCUCCUCGUUCAAUUCUCCUAACUUAGACCGAACUUCCUGCACAAAUACAUUAUACCAGCAUGUCCAGCCUCAAGCCAAUCAAAGUCUGGGGUAAGGGCGGCCCCAACCCCCCCAAGGUCGCCAUCGUCAUGGAGGAGCUUGGCUUGCCUUACGAGGUGGUUCCUGUUCCCUUCACCGAUGUCAAGAAGCCCGAGUACUUGGCAAUCAACCCCAAUGGACGCUUGCCGGCCAUCCAUGACCCCAAUACCGACAUGACAUUGUGGGAGUCUGGCGCCAUUAUUGAGUACCUGGCCGAGAAGUAUGACACCGACCACCGGAUCAGCUUCCCCCGCGGCACGGCCGAGGCCUACGAGUCUAUGCAAUACCAAUAUUUCCAAGCCAGUGGCCAGGGGCCUUACUUUGGCCAGGCCACCUGGUUCAAGAAGUUCCACCCUGAACAGGUCCCCAGCGCCCUGGAGCGCUACAUCAAGGAGAUGCAUCGUGUCACGGGUGUGUUGGAGAACAUCCUUGCUUCGAAGAAGGCUUCCGCUGGCCAGGAUCGAACGUGGCUCGUGGGAGGAAAGUAUUCGCUCGCCGAUCUCUCUUUCAUUUCCUGGAUCAAUGUCGUCACCGUCAUUUUUGACAAGAGCGACUACAAUCUGGAGGAUUAUUUGAACGUCAAGGAUUGGGUAGACCGCAUGCUGGAGCGGCCGGCAGUCAAGACUGCACUGGGCAAGUAGACGUUUCAAGUCUAGUCGUACCAAGAUGAAAAAGAUCGAUUCCAUUAAAGACAGUCCCAUUGAACGUAACUAAAUAGAACUCCCAACUAAAAUGGCAUGGUCCCUGUCUCCCUU